UUCCCCUGUAGAGAGCCAGAGGAGAAAGAAAACGAAGAGAACCCGCCAAAAUCUCGGCUUGGUUCGUUUAUUGAGCUGUUCAAAACUAAUUUGUUUAUUAAAAAGACCUGUAAUGGGAACAACUGGAGGCCAUGGAUCCGAUGCCUGCUCGUACUUAUUUAUGUAAUUUUGAUCCUCGUCUCUGUUUUCCUGUUUGUUUGGAAUGCUCAAAAACUAAAGGUUGGAAUAAACACCGAUCCAUCCUUUAUCGCGGGUGUCUUUAUGAUACUGACAAUCUCUGUGUCCUUCUGGGGGAUUGUGCACCAUGUAAUACAUCAUACAAAACCAGAACUUCAAAAACCUAUUAUAAGAAUUCUUUGGAUGGUCCCAGUAUACAGUUUGAGUACCUGGUCAGCUUUGAAGUAUCCCCAUUGCGCCAUCUACGUGGACACCUUGAGGGAGUGCUACGAAGCUUAUGUUAUUUACAACUUCAUGUUAUUCCUUAACAAGUAUGUAGCAACUCAAAUCCCCAACUUGGUGCUCCACCUGGAAGCUAAGGAUCAACAAAAGCUUCUCUGUCCUCUGUGCUGCUGUCCACCCUGGGCUAUGGGAGAAAUACUAUUAUUUCGCUGCAAGCUGGGAGUGCUUCAAUACAGUGUGGUUAGAUCGAUCACCACUGUGACAGCUUUGACCUGUGAGAUUGUUGGUGUCUACGGUGAAGGGACCUUUAGUUUCCACAACCCUUGGACUUACUUGUUUAUAGUAAAUAACGUGUCAGAAUACUUUGCCCUGUACUGCCUCUGGCUGUUUCAUCAAGUGCUGAAAGAAGAGCUCAGCCCUAUACAACCUGUUCGCAAAUUUCUUUGUAUCAAACUGGUAGUCUGGCUCUCAUUCUGGCAAGAAGUAAUUAUUUUUGGCCUGGCUAAAGCUGGAGUAUUUUCGCACAAUCUAAGAUGGGGAUGGCAAAGUCCUGAAGCUGCGGCCAUAGGCCUGCAGGAUUUCAUCAUUUGUAUUGAAACGCUCAUCGCAGCACUGGCCCACCACUACUUUUUCACGUAUAAACCUUACGUGAAAGAGGGAGAGAAAGGCACAUGCAUCCACUCCUUCCUCGCCAUCUGGGACGUCUCCGAUAUUAAAAGUGACAUUUCUGACCAAAUGAGACGUGUCAGAAGAACCGUGCGGGGUUAUCCCAAACAAAAAUGUUUUCCGGAAGACCCAGAGCACACUGAAUACACAAGUCUCCUUUCUACAACACCAAGUGAUGCAAGUUCUUCAGGCUCAAGGUCAUCCUCAUCCUCACCCCUCGGUAUCGAUGCUUUGGACAGACAAUCACUGUUGCAUUCCAUCUCUCGGAUCAGGACAUCCAAGAGAAGACGUUUGCUUGGACUUCCCACAGGGCAGGGAACCCCGAUUGCUCUUUGGACUGAUGGGGGGAGGGGGAGGGAAAUGGGAGGCGGUGGCGGGGAAGAGACAGAAAUCUUUAAUAAAAAAUAAAAUAAAAAAAGAGGAGCAGGACCCUCCUGACGAUCCAAACUUGGAGUCUUCCCAGGACAUGCUCUCUGAAGACCAGCUGUUUGAAGAAGCCAUCAAUUACAUGCCCAGACGAGCAGAAGAAGCUCAAGCCUACACAAAACAAUAGGCAACUGAGGAAAACUGGAAGUAGAUGUUGUUCCUCUUGCGAAACUACAGCUCCCAGCAUUCCCCUGGACUACGGAUCAAGCGCAGGACACCUUUCCCAGAAGCCUUUGCA